AUGCCCGGCUCACCCGAAAGAGAGCAUCUGCGUCAAUUGACCAACAAACACGCUCUCUUCGAGCUCGACGCCAGAUUGAGCGUAUGGAAAGAUGAAGACCCUUUCAACGAGGAGCAGCGUUUCCCCCCUCCUCCCGACACCUUGCCGCAGACAUCAACCGCCCGUACCAGUGGCUUUGACUGGGGUCGCUAUGCAGUGUCUCUCGAACGCUCUCGUCAACGACGCCUCGCCGACCCACUAGAUACGGCCGAUCCUGUACGACAAUACCAUGCAGCAGCUCUCGAGCAUCAUUCAGGCUUGCGGGACAGCGAUCCAUACUCCCGAGACAACAUGCUCGCACGAGAGCGUAUGGAAGACCAACGAUACAACGCCAUAGCAGAGAACAUACGCCUCACUCACUCUGGACGCCAACGACUGAGAAUGUCUUUGGACAGUGCAUCAGACUCUGAGGACACUCCUAUCAUCAGAGAUCGCUUUGAUAACGAAACACACGAUGCCGAAUUGGAGAGCAUAAGAAACGAGACCGACCCCGAGGAUCGUGUCAGACGGUUGGUAGCCAACUAUGGGAGUCAUAACCUUCCAGAUGCAGUGGACAGCUAUAUAGCCGAUCCACCGUUGCCUGCCCUCGACAAAAGUAAGGAGAGACAAACGAUGGAUGACAUGUCCUUCCUGGACUCGCACGCUCAAGGCGGCAAUGCCACUCUCACGGUCAUAGACCCGCACACACAAAAGGCCACGGUGCUCAAGAACUUGGAUCUCGCCACGAUAGAGUUGGUAGCGCCGAUUCUGUCAUUCAGCUUCGAGGAAUCGAGGGCUGGACCAAAGUACUCGAUACAAGACGUCUCUUUAACAGCUGUGCUGAGCAUGCUACGACACAUCUACACAUGUGAACACUACGUACCUAACGAUUGCCUCCACGACCAGAUGUCUGCCCUGCUACACAUCGAGAUCUUCCACCUCGCAUCAACCUACGAUAUCGCCAGUCUCAAAACGAUGGUCAAAGCGCGUAUAUUCCUCGAACUAGAGCUCUCAACCAGCUACCCAGGCCCGCCAAAAGACCUCUGCAAAGCACUGGCCUACGCAUACGAACACCUUCCCAACGAAAAUGAAAUCACAAAGACACUGGCACACUACUGCAUCACCUGUUUCCUGCAACACCGACUCCAUGAAAGCGAUUUGUUUACUACGUUCCAUUACAAUUGUCGUCCCUUCCAACGCGACCUGUGUCUCAUUCUACGCGAAAACAGCUUCGAGGACGAGUGUGCCCCGUCUCUGAUACAACUUCCUGUCAAAACUCCCCUUGUUCCCACAGGGUGGCAUCAGGUGAUUGACUCCGAUCCGCAGGCCGGCUUCUUGGAAGACGAGUUUGACAAUGAGGUCAAGCGCCGCACCAACAUCUCCAGGCUGGACAAGUUGAGGAUUCACUUCCACAUAACGCUGCCAUUGAGAUAG